AUGCUCCGAAAUACUCUAGCACGUUCGGCUUGGCGGACGAGCCGGCGGGCGGUCAAUGUCUCGCGAACCUUCGCGACGACAAGCCAGCGCCCGGCCGAGGUGGAGCUGACAAUUGAUGGAAAGAAGGUUUCGAUUGAAGCUGGUUCUGCUCUUAUUCAAGCCUGCGAGAAGGCGGGAUCAACAGUCCCUCGAUACUGCUACCACGAGAAGCUUAUGAUUGCCGGUAACUGCCGAAUGUGUCUGGUGGAGGUUGAGAGGGCCCCGAAGCCCGUUGCCUCUUGUGCUUGGCCCGUACAGCCCGGAAUGGUUGUCAAGACUAACUCCCCUCUGACCCACAAGGCCCGAGAGGGUGUCAUGGAGUUUUUGCUGGCUAACCAUCCCCUCGAUUGUCCUGUUUGUGAUCAGGGUGGUGAGUGUGAUCUUCAAGAUCAGUCUAUGCGUUAUGGAGCCGACCGAGGCCGAUUCCACGAGAUUGGCGGCAAGCGAGCCGUCGAGGACAAGAACAUUGGCCCCCUGAUCAAGACUUCGAUGAACCGAUGUAUUCACUGCACCCGAUGCAUUCGUUUCUCCAACGAUAUUGCCGGAGCUCCGGAGAUGGGUUCCACUGGCCGUGGCAACGAUAUUCAGAUUGGCACCUAUCUCGAAAAGAACCUGGACUCCGAGAUGUCUGGUAACGUUAUCGACCUCUGCCCCGUUGGUGCUCUUACGUCAAAGCCCUAUGCUUUCCGAGCUCGUCCUUGGGAGUUGAAGCACACCGAGUCUAUUGACGUUCUCGAUGGUCUUGGUUCCAACAUCCGUGUCGACUCCCGUGGUUUGGAGGUCAUGCGAAUUCUGCCCCGACUUAACGACGACGUGAACGAGGAGUGGAUCAACGACAAGACCCGAUUUGCCUGUGACGGCCUCAAGACUCAGCGAUUGACCAUGCCUCUGGUCCGCCGUGAGGGUCGCUUCGAGCCUGCUGAUUGGGAGGAGGCUCUCACUGAGAUUGGUCGUGCUUAUCAGAUUAAGAACCCUCAGGGCAACGAAUUCAAGGUCAUUGCUGGUGCUCUUACUGAGGUCGAGUCUCUGGUCGUCGCCAAGGAUAUGGCCAACAAGCUUGGCUCUGAGAACCUGGCUCUCGAUACCCCUACCGGGAGCCAACCCAUCGCCCACGGUAUUGAUGUCCGAUCCAACUUCCUUUUCAAUUCUCAGAUCUGGGGUAUUGAGGAGGCUGAUGCAAUCCUAAUUGUUGGCAGCAACCCUCGGCACGAGGCUGCCGUUCUCAAUGCUCGUAUCCGAAAGCAGUGGCUCCGAUCCGACCUUGAGAUCGGUGUUGUUGGCGAGACAUGGGACUCCACAUUCGAGUUCGAGCACUUUGGUACCGACCACGCUGCUCUCAAGUCCGCUCUCUCUGGCCCCUUCGGAGAGACCCUUAAGAAUGCCAAACGACCUAUGAUUAUUGUUGGCUCUGGUGUUACUGACCACGCGGAUGCCAAGGCAUACUACGAGACCAUUGGUGCUUUCGUUGAUAAGCAUGCUUCUAACUUCCGAACUGAGGAGUGGCAGGGCUACAACGUCCUCCAGCGUGAGGCUUCUCGUGCUGGUGCUUUUGAAGUUGGCUUCACUACUCCCUCUGCUGAGGUUGCCCAGACCAAGCCCAAGUUCGUGUGGCUCCUUGGUGCUGAUGAGGUGAACGAGGCAGAUAUCCCUAAGGACGCUUUUGUUGUCUACCAGGGUCACCACGGUGACAAGGGUGCUCAGAUUGCUGACAUUGUCCUUCCCGGUGCUGCCUAUACUGAGAAGGCUGGUACCUACAUAAACACUGAAGGUCGUGUCCAGAUGACACGAGCUGCUACUUCCCUCCCCGGUGCAUCUCGAACUGACUGGAAGAUUCUCCGAGCUGCCAGUGAGUUCCUUGGCGCUCCUCUCCCAUAUGACGAUGUUGCCAUGGUCCGAGACCGUAUGGUCGAAAUCAGCCCUGCUCUGGCUGCUUAUGACGUUAUCGAGCCCGUCGCUCUCCCUGCUCUGAGCAAGGUCCAGCUCGUCGACCAGAACAAGGGUGCCCAGGUCACCGGAACACCUCUCAAGAAGGUUAUUGACAACUUCUACUUCACCGAUGUUAUCUCACGAAGCUCUCCUACAAUGGCUCGCUGCUCAGCCGCUAAGGCCACGGGUGACCCUAGGACAAACUUUAUGGCUCCUGGCGUGGAGGAGGAUAAGCCCAUGGGCCAGGUCGAGUACGGUGUAUGA